AUGGCAAACAUCAAAGUCGUCGACGUCAGAUUCGAACAUUACAGGCCUGGAAAUACUCUUGGAAUCGACGAGACAAAGCCUCGUAUCUCAUGGCGUUUUGGGGAAGCCGAUUCAAAACUUAAGCAGAAUGCAUAUGAGAUCGAACUCACCGAAAUUGACCCAAAUUCGCGACAACCUCAUGGGGCAAAAGCCUACAAAGUCCAGUCAUCACAAGCGUACCUCGUCCCUUGGCCCAGUAACGAGCCGCUAAGUUCUCGCCGACGCUAUGAGGUUCGAAUCAGAGCAUACCUUUCCAACGAACCUGAACCAACGCCCUGGAGCAAUGCUGUAUUUGUCGAAGCUGGCCUCUUGAACAGACAAGAUUGGUCAGGGACCCAGCUCAUAUCAGCGCCGUGCUCCAAUGAGCAGGACAAACCCUUGCCUGAGGACUUAUUCCGCAAGAAAUUCAGCAUCAAUGGCGACAUCGAAUCCGCAAGGCUGUAUAUAACAUCUCAUGGAGUCUACGAAGCCGAGAUCAACGGAAUCAGAGUCGGCGACCAUUUCCUCGCGCCAGGGUGGACCGUAUAUGAGCACCGUCUCAGAUACCAAACCUUUGAUGUGACGGGACUUCUUUCAGGUGGUGAGAACUGUAUCGGUGCCCGUGUCGCUGAGGGUUGGUUCAAAGGGCGUCUAGGUUUUGAGGGUGGAAAGCGGAAUAUUCAUGGAACACGGACAGCGCUGUUUGCUCGACUUGAGAUCACAGCAAAGGAUGGAACCAACUUGACGAUAUCGACAGAUGAGACAUGGAAAACGACGCAGGGACCGAUCCGAAUGGCCGAGAUCUAUGAUGGCGAGAAGUAUGAUGCCACUGCUGAAAUAGACGGAUGGUCAACAGCAGGUUCUGCGUCAGGAGAUUGGCACCAAGUCGAAGUUCUACCACCUUUGUCUGAAGAUACGGCACUCAUCGCUGGAUCAGCAGAACCAACUCGAAGAAUUGAGACCAUCAGACCUAUGUCAAAGAUCGGCACGCCUUCAGGCAAUUUAGUCCUAGACUUUGGUCAAAACCUUGUCGGCUAUCUUCGCAUCCGUGUUCGCGGUCCAAGCGGCCACAAGAUAACACUCUAUCAUGCCGAAGUCCUCGAACACGGCGAACUAGGAACUAGGCCAUUACGACAUUGUGAAGCUAAGGAUACCUAUACUAUUCGUGGUGAAGGCGAAGAAAUCUAUGAGCCUAGGUUCACAUUCCAUGGAUUCCGAUAUGCUCAGAUCGACAAUUGGCCUGGGUCCCAAGACGAUAUUCUGGAGAAGGUGGAAGCUGUUGUUUGUCAUACUGAUAUGGAAGAAACAGGCGACUUUCGCUGUUCAGACGACAUGCUUAACCAGCUAUGGAGUAACGUCCGUUGGUCAACAAAGGGCAACUUCCUCUCCAUCCCCACAGAUUGCCCUCAGAGAGACGAACGUCUCGGCUGGACAGGCGACAUCGCUCUCUUCGCCCCAACAGCGACAUUUCUCUACGGGUGCCACGGUAUCUUGAACGAUUGGCUCAAGGGUCUCUACUAUGAGCAGAAGAAGCGCAAUGGAAUCCCACCGAUGGUCUCACCAAAUACUAUUGUGGACGGCCUCUUUGCCCAAGUACACCCCUUUGCAAUUUGGCACGAUGUUACAGUUCUAGCGCCUUGGGCGUUGUGGGAGGAGCACGGUGAUGCGGAGAUUCUUGCUCAGCAGUACGACUCGAUGGUGGCGUGGUUGGAUGCUGUGCCAAUGGACAAGGCAGUUGAUAAAGACCAUUUAUGGGACUCGAAUAUGUUCCAGCUCGCUGCAAGUGACUGGCUUGACCCCAGUGCUCCUCCAGACGCUCCCCAGAAGUCAGCGACUGACAUGAUGCUCGUAGCCAACGCAUUCCUGAUACACUCAUAUGACAUCAUGGUUCGUAUUGCAAAGAUCCUCGGAAAACAUGACUCCUCUGUCUACAAAGCCAAGGCAGCUACUGCCAGAGGACAAUACACCAAGGAGUAUAUCUCAGAGACUGGUCGUUUGACAUCGGACUCGCAGACAGCCUACGCUUUAGCCAUUUGCUUUGACCUACUCGCCAAACCUUCUCAGUUGAAAUGGGCAGGCGAUCGUCUGGCUGAGAUUGUACGAGCCAACGAUCACCGCGUCGGCAACGGCUUCGCAGGAACACCAUUCGUGUGUGAAGCUUUGGCUAAGACACAGCAUAUGGACGUCGCAUACGGCAUGCUUCUUAACAAAAAUUGUCCUUCGUGGCUAUACCCAGUGACUAAGGGCGCGACAACGAUAUGGGAACGUUGGGAUAGUAUGCUCCCUGAUGGCUCGAUCAAUCCAGGAGAUAUGACCAGUUUCAAUCACUAUGCCUACGGCUCAGUGGCUAAAUUUAUGGUGGAGCGCGUCGCAGGUCUGAAGCAAUUGGCGCCUGCGUGGGCGAGAUGUUGCGUAGAUCCUUGUGUUGGUGGUGGUAUUACAUCUGCCAGAGCAUCGCAUUUGACACCGCAUGGUCAAGUCUCAGUCUUAUGGAAGGUGAUUGAGAGAGAUGAGAUACAAAUUGAUGUGGUUGUACCGCCGUUUACUGAGAUGGAGGUCGUGCUGGGGGGUAGCGACUCAGAUGUUCAAGUUGUUGGGCAUGGAGAAUGGUCGUUCAAGCGACAUGUAUAG